CUAGGGUAUAUUUAUAUUCAACAGUACACCGGGCAUCCAGGAUUCCCGAUCCCAUCUCGGCACAAUCGAUUUUUUCAGAGGACACGUUCAGCCUGCCGCUGAUCAAAAGGGGCAGUAGAUAGUACGAAGAGAUUACAGGUGAUGCUUCUGAAAGGGUAACUUUAAGUGAGACCGGGCGGCAGAAGGAAGUCUAAACAUAUCCUCUGGAUUUCACAAUUUCAACGUAGUAUGAUAGUAGAUUGUACAAUCCAGAGCCAUGGAAAGUAUGCACACAGAACCAGCUCACGACUGAAGAUUUUGAAAGCGCGAUCAGAUUGAAUGAAGGCACCACGCCCACAACCUGAAUCCACACCGAGGAGAAACUACUACAUGCAAACCUUUCUUCAGAGGCUAGGGAAGCUCACAAUCAUGGCUCCGAACAUUAACACUUUUACUUCUAUAGUAUUCUUGGUAGUCGUCCUUACCUUGGUCAAAAUUGGCGCCUUUCUAACCCAGCCUACUGUCGUGGUCGUGAUAGACCAGGACAUCGACUUGUACUACAACCAAAACCUGAAACACAUAUUUGAGAAUAUGCACAAGUUUGCUGAUAGAGACAAGAAGAAGCAGGAGGUUGUCUUCACUGUCGUUGAGGCAAGGAAUGACACCGAUGUGCUUGACGAAGUUUGCGCACUUUUGCAUUCUGGGGCGGUGGCUUUGAUUGACAUGUCCACUCCAAGUCUGUCGCCCCUGCUUAGGUCUACCUGUUCAUCCAUGGGGCUGACCUACAUUUCUGUUGUGGACAGGUCUUACUUCAACCAUCCUAUAGAGAGCAAAGGAACAGAGUUGAUGAUUGAACCGCCGGCCUCCCAGAUGUUGAAGGUUGUGGCGGACAUAGCGAAAAAGGAGCAACUCAACAACAUAGCCAUUAUUUACGAUGAAACAUUUGGUGGACGAAGCCCUAGCUUUUGACAUCGGCCGCAUCGUGACGCUGGCUCUGGAGGCAGUCCCCAACGUACAGAAUAUCGUGAAGGUCAGCUGCGACAACGGCACAGACCCCACGCCAGCCAGCCUUAAGCAGAGUGCAGAGCUCACCAAUGAACUGACCGUGGUGUCUAUUCCUGGAGUCCUAGGACCCUUGUCCUGGAGCGAGCAGAGCCAGGCCCUCCGGUACAACAUGACGCUACUGCUCAGCGAGAUGUUCUUUGAGAGCGGGAUUCUCAAGAGCAAAGACCAGGUGGCUAACUGGACCCAAGCUGGAGGACUCCAGCUGGACGUGCCUACUCUGCAGAAAGCCAACAAGAAGAAGAGAUAUCGCAUUGUCACUGUGGCGGGGAUCCCGCCGUUCGUGUACAAGGAAGAGCCCAUCAACAGCACUGGCCCACCUGUGUAUAAAGGCUACUGUAUCGACCUACUGGAAAGAAUCGCCCAGGACAUGAACUUUGAUUACGAAAUCCACGAUGUGGAAAUUGUGGGCUCGAUGGACGAUGAUGGUAACUGGUCAGGAGUUAUCAAAGAACUCAUCGACAAUAAAGCUGAUAUUGCUGUCGGUCCCAUAUCCGUAAUGGCUGAAAGAGAGAACGUCAUCGAUUUCACAGUUCCUUACUACGAUCUGGUCGGGCUGACCAUUCUGAUGAGGAAACCUCGAUUCGAUUACUCCCUAGUCAAGUUUCUCAACGUGUUGGACGAAGAGGUGUGGGGAUGUAUCAUCGGCGCCUUCUUCCUCUUCAGCAUUCUCAUCUGUGUCUUCGAUAAGCUCAGCCCUUUCAGUUACCAGAACAGGAAAAACCAGUGGAAGAGCAGUGGCUCCGAGCCCAGGGUAUUUACACUCAAAGAGGGAGUCUGGUUCUGUAUGAUGUCCUUGACUCCACAAGGUGGUGGAGAAACUCCCAAGGCCUUGUCCGGCCGGCUCAUUGCAGCCACUUGGUGGUUGUUUGGCUUCAUAAUCAUCGCCACCUACACCGCCAACCUCGCUGCUUUUCUCACAGUAUCGCGUUUGGAAACUCCCAUUGAGUCAUUGGAUGACCUGUCGGAACAGUUUAAAGUGCAGUACGCCCCAAUGAACGGGAGCACGGCGAUGAUCUACUUCAAGAGAAUGGCGCACAUCGAGCACCGCUUUUACGAAAUCUGGAAAAACAUGAGUCUGAACGACAACCUUGCCGCGGUAGAACGUGCCCAACUGGCCGUGUGGGACUACCCCGUGAGCGACAAGUACACGAAGCUCUGGCAGACCAUGCAGGACUCACAUUUUCCCUCCAACAAGACAGAAGCAGUUCAUCGCGUUCUGAACGAGGAUUUCGCUUUUAUUUCUGAUGCUACGACCAACAAGUACCAGACGCUGAUCAACUGUGACCUGUGGCAGGUCGGAGAGGAAUUCUCCAGAAAACCUUACGCAUUGGCCGUGCAGGAAGGUUCUCCACUCCGGAGUCAGCUCUCCAACAUUAUUCUGAAACUUAUCAACCAGCGGGCCUUGGAGGAGAUGAAGACAAAAUGGUGGAAGGAAGAUGAGAAGGAGUGUCCUAAACUGGAGAACGAGACCGAUGGAAUCAGCAUCCGUAACAUUGGCGGCGUCUUCCUCGUCAUUGUGAUCGGGUCUGGCCUCUCCCUCAUCACACUGGCUUUUGAGUGCUACUGGUACAGACUUCGUCCUGAACGGAAGACUUUGAGUAAGAUGUACAACGGUCGGAGCAAAGACACCAACAGCCAAGGUCAGCUGACGACGUCUGGCACGGCCACCAGUGUGUUGGCCUCGGACAGUCAGAUGAGCAAAGAGAACCAGAGGAACAACAAGCUGGAGACCGGGGGCCUGGACUCUGGCUUUGUGAACACAGGCUUUGAGCUCAACGGGGGCGGGCUGGACUCAGGCUUUACCUCUGACAGAAUCAUCGAACGGACACACACGGAGUGGUUUUGAAACCUCUGAUGAAGCACCUCGUGAAGACGGCACGCUAGUGUUUUACUCCCAGCACGGUGACACAGAGGGCAGUUUGAGCUGGAUCCGACUGUGAAUCGUGACGGCGUUCCUGGCGUGUUUGCGAUGGCUCUCUUAGUAUCAUACAAUAAAACCAUUGUUUGUGUUCCCAUACAACCCCAAUACCAAAUAACCAAAUCCUUUUGCUCUAGGCAUUAGGUAAUUAUUGUUACAAGCCGUUGCCAUUGCAUAUUAUUGUUCGGAGAGAUGUAGAAACAUGCGUUUUGAAGUAACUUAAAAUUAACGUGCUUAACGUUUUAUGUGCUUAAGGGCCCUUUUCACAUAGACUAUUACAAUCUUUUCUCUGAAAUUUCACAUAGCCCAGUUAUCACCUAACAGGCGGGAUAGAGGCAGCCCGUCUCCCAAAUGAUGCUAUUUGCGUCUAUGAGGGUAUAUAAUUUAUAAUUAGUUAUAAUCGUUUUUAUUUGGGGGAAGAGGGAGGAGGGCAAAUGCACUCACUUUGCUUAAUUAUAGGAGACAUAGACAUCACAAUAUGUGCGUACAAAUGCAUGUAUUGUAAAAAAAAAAUGCAUCUUUCUCGUUGAGAAUAUCUUAGCAGUAUCGUCAUAAGUAACCCCUCCAAGACAUGCUUUGGUAACGACAGGCAUCUGCAAAUGCACUUUGAGCAAGAUUUGUUUUGUGUAUAUUGAAUCUUACCAAACUCGAUUUGUAGCAACAUUUGAAAACAUUGCAUUUCUUCUCUGAAGUGUUCAUUUUGAUUUUUCCAUACCUUGCUCUAUGUCAUACAUAAAGACUUCAGCGGGAAAACUAGUGAUCUCCAAACCAUAGCCCUUUUCCACAGAUCUCCGCCGUACAAACCAAUCAUGACGUACUAAAAUGAAAUAACCGCUAAAAAAUGUUUCAACAGCAAAACACAAAGUCUUCUAAGAAUUUUAAUUGUCAUUUAGUGGAAAAAAUGGGACAUCGCUAGUUUUCCUCUGUCGUCUUCACGUGUUUUCGUACGAAUUGGUGGCUGACGAACAGAAAAUCUCGCCAGCCAUUUUUUGUUUUGUCUCUUACAAAGGAAACCGAGCAGACUAUAAGGUUUUCAUAAUGUUGAGUCUGUUGACAUAAGUGCUUUAUUCUUAUCGCACAUAUUAAGCUAGUUCUUGAACAUUCCAUAGCCGUAUGUGAUGUUUGAUUGUUCAAAAUGUUAGUCUCGUCCAUUUAGUUGUUUUAGCUGUAACUGUUGUUGGAAUUUCUAUUGUUUUUAUAGUUGUUGGUAAUGACAUCGUUGUUUCUGUUCUCAUUUUUGUCUGUGCAGAAGUUUCUUGUGUUGUUGCUGUUGCUGUUGUUUUUGUGGUGUUGUUAUUGUUGUUGUUAUUGUUGUUUUUGUUGUUGUUGUUGUUGCUGCUGCUGCUGCUGUAAUUGUUCCUGGAAUUGUUUACCUAUCCUUCUAUCCUUCUAUAAUUCCCAUUGUUUUUGUCGUUGAUAAUGUUGCUUUUUUUUCAUUCUCCUUAGCUAUGGUUGUCACGGUCAAGUUGUUGAUGUUGUUGCUGUAGACUGUUCCUGUAUCUCUCGAAGUAAUCUGAAGACACUGGUCUAUGAGAUUUUAUUGUCUCCGGCUGAUCAAUAUUGGUUCCGGGUUUUGUUUUGUUUUUUGUUUUGUUUUGGGGUUUUUACAGUAUAAAUCCGCACAAAAUAAGAAUACAAUUGCAAGAACAUAUUUUUCGUACAUUUUAUCUGUUCCAUACUAAUGUCAUUCGCUGAACGUUUACUGGAUAUGAAAAGAUACGAGUGGUUAAUGGAUGCCAUUUGUUGGCUUUUUUUCACUAUACGUACCUCGUUUCUAUUUAUUGAGCUUGCUCUUUUUCCGAAAUACUUACUGCCCGUGUGUGUGUAUUCAUGUGUAGACGCAGUGCGAGAUGAAACUGAGUACUGCGGACUGUACAGUUGAACAAUUUUCGAUACACAAAAUUAAUCCUCUGGUAAGAAAUGUCCUGUUUCUAAAGUUAUCUUGAAAGAGCAAGCCAGAGUUUCCUGUAUUUAUAAGAAUAUAAAUUUCAAGACGCUGUUGUCUUUUUACUCUUUAAGAUAACAAACAGUGUAGUUUUCCGCUCUGUUUUCAAGGAAGCUGACAUAAGACGUAUAAUUUUUAUUUGGUUUGUAAAGUAUGUAAGACAUAAAGUUCGGAAUUAUAUCAACACAUCUGUAAACGUUUGAAUACAAAAUCCAGAUAUCUAUUCCUUUUUUAUUUUUCAUGAAUGCACUCUUCAUUUUAUGUCGAGAAUUGUUCUAACUCAAUUUCCAUUGACAGCGCAAAUUCUUUCAAUUCGAAUAAAGUGCAGUUAUAGCUCUGUCAUGAAUGAUUGCCUCAUGAAAGUCAUUUAAAGUAAUUCUCGAAACGUAUUUGAAAGUUAAUAGAUACGGUCGGAAUUGUUCAAGACGGCCACCCAUUAUCGAUGAGAAAAAUGUGAAAGGUGGUCGUGUUGGACAGUGUCAUUCUGAUAUUUAAAUUAAAAGCACUCAAUUGGGGAAGUAGGAAGUGUUUGUUUUUUUAGGUGAUUGUCUUGCACAAGUGGUCGUUAGAGUAGGUUCAACUGUGCUUUUUUUCUGCUUGGAGAUAUCCCACAAAGCCAGUGUUUUCCCAAAUGGCAAAAUUGAAGCAGCACAAUUAUUCUGAGGAGGCGUGAUACAACAGAAGAACAAGAUACGAGUUCUGGAAGGACUUGAAUUCAAAGGAAUGAGAAGGAAGCAAGCACUCGUAAAGGUUUUUACCAGCAUCACCCCAAGCGCAAUCACCAUCUCGCCCACACUCUCUUUCGUAUGUUUCUUCUACCUACCCCCCCCCAUCCCCACUUUGUUUUUAGUUAUCCCCCAUCUGUUGUUACGCUAAAGUCAGAAUCAUGUGCAAAAUCGUUUUCUGUGAUCAUGAUCAUCAUGUUUUGAUUUUAUAAUAAAAGAACAAAAGGCA